GUGCUGCGCCGUCUCCCUCCCAUAGGGAUGUACUGAGGUUAUAUAGGUAUGUACGAGCAUGUAGACGCGCGGCGCGGCACACUCACACUUGACUGGCUGGAAGAACACACAACCCCCCAGCACUCCACUCCAUCUCUACCUUCCCAAGGCCCAGCCCUGAGACACCCCAGCUGGUCACCAUAUUCAUCCACAGCUCUCCAGCUCGCCGCAAGCCCUUCCUCGAUAGCUUCUCGCACACCAAGUCAACGAAACCCACAAGCGCAGCUUUGUACACGAGCGUGCUUAUCGCUCACAUCCAGUCAACGUCCACUUACGCUACCCACUUUUUGUCAACCUUCCCAGCCCCGCGCCCAGCCAACAUGACCGACACCACUCCAGUCGUUCCCACCGAGGCCCCCGCCCCCACUGGCGCUGCCCCCAACGCCACCCAGGCCAGCGUCCAGGACAGCCCGUCUGCCGCUCCUGCAGGCAAGCCAAAGGCCGAGGACGCUCUUAAGGUCUUCGCUGGUAACCUCUCCUUCUCAACCUCCGAAGAGGACCUCUUAAUGAUCUUCAGAGAGGCGGGCACAAUUACAUCGGCUCAGGUCAUCAAACGCGGCUCGCGCCACCUUGGCUACGGCUUUGUUACUUUCUCCACGCCAGCCGAGGCCACCAAAGCGAUCCAACUGCUCAACGACAAGGAGAUCGAAGGCAGGAAGAUUGCCGUCCAAGCCGUCAAGCCCGAGGUCCAGGGAGGCGGACGCAAGGGAGAUGGUGACCAAGGGACCAAGGGCAAAGGCAAGAACCGCAACCGGAAAGGAGCUGCUUCCCGCCGCCCUCGCAUUGAUGAUGGCGAGGAGGAGGGUGGGGCGACGAAUGGCGCAGAUGGAUCGCAGAGUAAGCCCAGGAAAGGCCGGGGCAAGAAGGGCGGCUCUGGGGAGGACUCGCUCGGCACCCCCGCAUCUGGCGCUGCACCGAACGCCAACGGCAGCAGUGGCAGCUCUGCUGCUGCUACCAACGAUCUCGGAACGCCCGCUUCUGGUGUGCCGAAGACGACCAAGCCGCGUGCGUCUCGACCGCAGCGCAGCGGCCCGAAAGGCGCGCCAGAGGGUCCACCCUCGCAGACGCUGCUCUUCGUCGCCAACCUGCCGUUCGAAAUCCUGAAGGAGGAGCAGCUGUGCGAGAUCUUCCAGGGCUGCAAGAUCAAGACGGCCACCGUUGCCAGGCAACCGUACGGCCGUCGCAGCAAGGGAUACGCGUUUGUCGACUUUGAGAGUCACGAGGAGCAGCAGAAGGCGCUCAAGGAAUUCCAGGGUAAGGAAGUGCACGGACGGGAGAUCAGCUUGAAGGUCGCCAACGAGGACGAGAGGAGGAGGAACAAAGAAAGCGCGGACGCCGCGGUCACUGACGCCAAGCUGGAGGAGGAGAAGGCGGAGGAAGCCCCCGCUGCUGCUGCCUCGGCAUGAGGUUCGCGUCCCUGUCUGCUCCACUAUGCGGCACCUGAACGACAGGAGAAAGCCUACACUCGCUGAUGCCCUCUUGUGGAUGGGUUGGAAGGAUGGCGCCAUGAAGAGCAUGGGAGGGAACAUGAUAUAAGGGGAUUGCAGCAGGCAGCGUGAACGUCGGGAUGAAUGCGACACCGACGAUAGUGUAGG